AUGCUCGCGAUCCGCCAACCCUUGAUGUCCCAGAUGAUCAGGGCUCCAUCCAGCAGGGGCCAACCUCAGUACAUGACCGCAAACGUGAUGGCAGUGCCGCAGAGAAUGAGUGGUCAGCACCACAUGCAAAGCAGCGAAGAGUGUCACUACAGCCAUCCACGCGCCGUAACUAGCAUCAGUCUACAGUAUCGUGAAGAGAGCGGUAGGGAGCCCGGGCGAGUAGGUCAUACUUCACUGCCUCUAGAGGCGAUGACACUGGCUUCUGCUGUUGCACUUGAACUCUACUCGCCCCUUAUGCGCCCUUCAACAAUGGGCACCCUUACUGCCCGCCCCAGAGGGUCUGGAGAAGGGUCUGGCCCGCCACACGCUGUCGCGGGCUGUGAGGAGAGGAUCAGCGAUCAAGAAGCAAACCGGUCCCGAUGGUCUGAGGAGGACGAAAAGCUUCUUCUGUCGAUGAGGCACCAGAACAAGACUUGGGAGGUGAUACAGCAGAGGUUUCUAAACAAAACGCUGUGGUCAUUGUGGCAAAGGUACUCGAUUCUCAAUAGCCGAUCAACACUAAUAAGUAGCUAA